AUGUCUGUGGCCUGGGUCUUUUCGGCGCCGGUCACAGUUCUCUCUUGUAAACAUCAUGUCGUGCCGUCCACACAGCAAGCAAAAGUCAAAAAGCAAAGCAACAUCCAUCGGGAAACUGGCUACAUUCAAACGAUAGGCAUCCUGGGUACGCCUUCAGAAAUCCUAGUCAUCACGAAACGACAAGCCUCAGGUGACUCGUCCUUCAUGAAGACCUCCAAGCUCACUUGGGAUAGCUACGACCUACCCCGCCUACAAGCUAAGCUCCCCAUCUUACAUAUCCAUCUCGGCGGCUAUCAUCACGAAGUCGAGCUCGUCAUGCGACAUGUAAAUGCGGGGUUUACGAUGCUACAACGGCUAUCCAACGAUUACCCUUCGGUUCCUUUCAAUCCACGUUAUAGUCAUCACAGCGAAGGACGAAACGAACUAUAA